AUGGCGCACCAGAUGCAAGCGUACGCCAAUUAUAUCGCCUCUCUGAACCAACAAGCGCACGCGUCUUCGUCCCACAUCCUGCCCCCGAAUCCGGUCCUUCCUGGCGUUCCUCCUUCCGUACCUGCUCCCGCCACCCCUUCGAUCCCCCCUCCUGAAUCUAACGCCCAGGUGGAGCCGACCCCCAUGAUAAGCGCCGAUGAUAACGAUACUGCAGAGCCUCCAGACGCGACUGUCGCACAGAAGGCUGACCCUGCAGGGGAAGGCGACGUCGGAACCAAUAGUCAAAUAGAGGUUUUAACCGAUUCCUCGACCUCGGUGCCUGGCGAUGCUGGCUCGCAAACUAAGCCGGGUUCGGCGACAGAUUUGAAGCAGACAGACAACGCAGUUGCUGAGAAGGAACAGAGCAACGUGGCUGCUACCGCUUCAACGCCUUCUCAGCCCCAGACCUCCCUUGUACCGCCCGCUCAUUCCUCGCCUGCCAUCGGUACCCUCCCCUUCGGCCCUCACCCCGUCCAUAGUCCGCUGUCACCUACAUUCCCCACCAUACCGCUAGGUUCUUUCCCUCAUCACCACCCGCCCUACUUCCAACAUCCCAGUUCGCCGCACCCUCAAAGUCCUGGAAUGGGAGUCAUUCCAUUUGGAUUCCCUCACAUGCCCCACCUAAACCACCAGCACCCACCUCAUCUUCAACAACCCCACCAACAUACCCCGCCCUACCCCGUUAUGACGCUCGGCUUGAACGGAAUGGGACCUGGAGCACAUGUGCCAUCUCUGCAGAGCCCCGCUCCCCCUGGGAUGAUGCACCAUCAACACCAGCAGCCACCCCACUACGGUAGCGGCUCUGCUCCUGGAUCGUCGACUGCAGCAGGCUUCCCACCUCUGACACCAAACGCCCAUCCUUCCGUUGGGUCGAAUAUGGGAAUCGGGAUGAUGAGUGGGAUGAACACAAAUCCUAGCGUUCCUUCACCCCUCUGGAUGAGUGGAGUUCUGCCCAACGGGUCAGCGGCGGCUGGGAAUAGUGGAUCCGUCGCUGGGUCAAGCGGGAAGUACGCUACUUCGUCCAGUCCUGAUCUAGACCUCCUAAGCGAUCCUUCUAGUCCGUCGCCCGCUUUCUUCCAAGAGCGGGGUCGGAGAGGAAAGAACGGGCGGUCAGGAUCAAGUCUGAGUGGUGGUGGAAGUUCUGGUGAAAAGGACGAUGAAGGGGAGGGCUCUAAAGAGAACGAUGGCGAUGAGAGUCGAGUGGGAAGAGGUGAAGACGACAGCGACGAUGGGAGCGACUUCAACGCUUUGUUGGCCGAUGCUAUUCUCAAGAGACCGAGUAGCAUUCGCAUGGGAUCUGGGUCAAAGACGAGCAGCUCGAAUUAUGGAAAAGAUUCGUCCUCGUCAUCGAAACUCGGUGGUCUGGCUGGGAGUGUCAGCCUGGAUGGCGUGUGGCCGGCAACACUGAGUGGAAUGGGACAGCAAGACCUUGGUCGUGCGGGUCGGGAACAUGCUGAGGAGGACCCUGUCGCGGAAGAGGUCGAAUCAGAGUUUACAUUCCCCUCGCUUUCGGAGUUGGGCAAUGUCGCGAGGGAGAAGAGGGUUGGGACCCCUGCGCCAGCUGAUGCAGUUGCGUCGCCGAAACCCCUGUCAACGGGCGUGGAAAGCUUGAUCCUGAAAAACGAGAUGGACAACCCGUCUUCGGCUUCCAUUCAUGGCCCAGGACAAUAA